GCUGGCUGAGAGAAGCGAAAUCCCAUCCACAUAACAAACCAUCUGGAGAAGGACGGCAGCUCUUCUGACAGUGUAAAGGAGACUCAAUCUGUUUCUUUCUGUGUGGAGGGUUAGCGCUUAUUAUUGUCUGUUCGGUGCACUCUGUUGCCGUUGGAGAUAAACUGGGGCAACACCUGAGAAGGAGGCGGGAACGGAACGCUGUCUUUCUGGAGAACUGAGCUGCUGUUAUCUUCCCCUGGUGGACGUAGGGGAGCGAGGGAAGAGACAGAGGCCUGGUUGGAGGGAACAUUCUGGGCUUGACUGAAAGACCUGUGCUCCAUUCUCAGCUCUGAGGUGGUUAUAUGGCCAGAAGGAAAUCCUGUAACACAUCUGAUCAACUAAAGAAUGAUAUUUUCCACACCUGUGCUGUGACCUACUACAGGACUGAAGCUACUGUAUGUGGAAGAGUCUUCUCUGGCCUAGGAGGAUUUACAAGUCACAAAGAGACCAUAUGUCAUCUGUGAUUGUAACCUAGCCACAACCAUCAGGGGAUGGCGCUGUAAGGCAGACCAUCACACACUUGCUCAUAACACAGUUAUAACAUAGUCAUACCAUUGUGACGUGACACUGAGUCAGUGUCUUGGUGAGGCUCCCAGGCCAGGCCUCUUCACGAUGCAGCAGCCGACAGGAGGAGUGGAGCAGCAGGACGAAUCUUUUGAUUUCCUGUUCAAGAUCAUCCUGAUUGGAGACUCUAACGUGGGGAAGACCUGUGUGGUCCAGAGCUUCAAGUCAGGACAGUUCUCUGAGAGGCAACAGAACACCAUAGGGGUGGACUUCACCGUGCGGACAGUGGACAUCGAGGGCAAGAAAAUUAAGGUAAGGAAGUCAGCCUCAAACUUUAAGAAGAAAUUGUGCUUUAUAAAACCAAAAAGGGUUCAAUGAAAGUCAGCCUAACCCUAAACCUAACCCUACUGUCACUCUCACUCCCGCAAGCUGUUGCAUAUCAACAGAGCUGCAGUUGAUAGUUUGUUGAUAGUUUGAACAUCUACAACAGAUCUUCUGUUGUUGACUAUACACAUAAAGUAUAACUGAAAUAUCUAAGUAUUGCCUCCUGAUCAGAUUAGUUGCUGUUUGAAUACUUCAGUUUUGAGGCCAUUGGAGUGGUUGAUGUAAAAUACAGCUGUUGUCUUGUGAUACUGCCAAGAAGACUUUGCAGGCCUUUUGACAUGUAAAACAAGUUGUACCAGCAGUUCACGAGGGACUCGCCUUUCUGGUUCUCCAACAACACAUCCAUCAUUCCUCCUUCUUUUCCCGGACCAAAAACGUCAGCAUUUAAAAAAAACUUCAGUGAGAAAAGUGGGAGUACGCCUUAAGUACCUACUAAGGUAGACCUACUGUAUGCUUGAAUAGGAAACCUCUAUGAGGCGCUGGCUACACUCUCAGAAAAAAAGGUGCUAUCUAGAACCUUAAAGGGUUCUUCAGCUGUCCCCAUAGGAGUACCCUUUGAAGAACCCUUUUUGGUUGCAGGUAGAACCCUUUCUACAGAUGGUUCUACAUGGGACCCAAAAGGCUUCUACCUGGAACCAAAAAGGGUUCUCCUAUGGGUCAGCCGAAGAACCGUUUUGGAACCCUUUUUUCUAAGAGUGAAGGUUUAAAUACUUUAGAGAUACUUUAGGUUUAAAUGAUUUUGUUGCUGGAGGGCACCUCCCUCCCUCCCUCCUCUUCCCACACCUGCUAACUGUAUUGUUCCCCAAACCUGCCAGACAACAGAGAUGAUAGGAAGGUAUUUAUGGCAGGCUCUCUUCCUCUUACCAACCAUAGAGAUACACUCUUAGAAAAAAGGGUUACAGUAGGAUUCUUCCACUGUCCCCAUAGGAGAACCCUUUUUGGUUCCAUGUAGAACCCUCUGUGGAAAGAACCAAAAGGGGUUCUCCUAUGGGGACAGCCAAAUAACCAUUUUAGGUUCUAGAUAGCACCUUUUUGUUUAUGAGUGUAUCUGUACAUUAUUACUAGAGUGACCUACCGUGUCAUAAACCUCCUUCAUUCUAGAAUGGGGUUGUAUUUCAUUCUGUGAUACUGACUGUGUCAUCAACCAACUGAACUUUGACACAGGAAGGAAGAGCAGGCAAUAUGAUGGCUUCAGAAUGUAUCUCAGUCUGGGCCUGUGUCCCAAAUUGCACUCUUUUCCUUAUAUCAAAUCAAAUCAAAUCAAAUCAAAUCAAAUUUUAUUGGUCACAUGCGCCGAAUACAACAGGUGCAGACAUUACAGUGAAAUGCUUACUUACAGCCCUUAACCAACAGUGCAUUUAUUUUAAACAAAAAAGUAGAAUAAAACAACAACAAAAAAAGUGUUGAGAAAAAAGAGCAGAAGUAAAAAAAUAAAGUGACAGUAGGGAGGCUAUAUAUACAAUAGAAUAAAGUGACAGUAGGGAGGCUAUAUACAGGGGGGUACCGUUGCAUAGUCAAUGUGCGGGGGCACCGGCUAGUUGAGGUAGUUGUAGGUAAUAUGUACAUGUGGGUAGAGUUGAAAGUGACUAAUGCAUGAGAAUACUUAAACAGAGUAGCAGCGUAGCAGCAGCGUAAAAAGGAUGGGGUGGGGGGGCAGUGCAAAUAGUCCGGGUAGCCAUGAUUAGCUGUUCAGGAGUCUUAUGGCUUGGGGGUAGAAGCUGUUGAGAAGUCUUUUGGACCUAGUGCACUACUUUUGACCAGGGCCCAUGUCUCUGGUCAGAAGUAGUGCACUAUAUAGGGAAUAGGGUGCCAUUUAGUUUAUGGCCACUCAGUGUGAAUAGGACCUUGUUGCCUCAACCAGUACCACAUGCCUGACUCAAAAUGACAACUGUAACCACACAAAGAGACAGAGAUCAGUGCAAACAGCAUUUAUUGAGACGGCUUGUACUAUUUACUGAUAGGAACAUGGAUAUCAUCGUGCUGUGAAGACUUCAAUUUAAUUUAUUUCCUCACUUUGCAUGACAAUGGCAGUGCUCUUGCUCCAGGCAGAAAUGGAGAUGAAGGGUGUUUUGCUUCCCACCCUAUAGAGGUGUGUCAUUGUUAAACACAGGAACCAGUGGAAAUCCCCUGUGCAUCACUGCACGCAUACUGUAUAUAAGCUAUCCCUCCCAAAGCCAGUGACAGAGCCAUGUUUAGUACAUUAAAACUACAGCACAUAUGGAUCAAAACAAUGACAAUCCCUACAGUAGCUUUUGGAAGCAUAUUAAUUAUUUUUUAUCCAACAAGUUCUCUUGUGCUUGUGUACAUGUUGCAUGGAUGAUUAGGAGAAAGAGAGAUAAAAGGAGUUAACGGUGGUUUUAGAGAAAGAUAAAGGCUGUGAGGGGAGUGAUAAAGAAACCAUUGCAAGUUCAGACCAGGUGAGCAGGGGAGAUUAGGAACUCUGGUGCCAGGUUUGUCAGGUUGCUAUGGCAGUUGUUGCUAUGCUAACAUGAAGAUAGGAGAAGGGCAGGCGGAGGCUGAAGGAGAUGCCCCAGACAGUGACAUAUUGCAGCAUUUUUUAAGUUACAGUACAUCAUCAUUUUGUUAAGGUGUCAUUUCAGUUUUGUAUUGUCCCCUCCAGGAGUACAUUAGGCUUUGAGAUCAUUGUUUUGUAUUGUCCCCUCCAGGAGUAUAUUAGGCUUUGAGAUCAUUGUUUUGUAUUGUCCCCUCCAGGAGUAUAUUAGGCUUUGAGAUCAUUGUUUUGUAUUGUCCCCUCCAGGAGUAUAUUAGGCUUUGAGAUCAUUGUUUUGUAUUGUCCCCUCCAGGAGUAUAUUAGGCUUUGAGAUCAUUGUGUUUGUGUGUGAGAUAUUGGUCUAAUUCUGUGUCUGUGUAAAACAGAUGCAGGUAUGGGACACAGCUGGACAGGAGCGUUUCCGGACCAUCACCCAGAGUUACUACCGCAGCGCCCACGGCGCCAUGAUCGCCUAUGACAUCACACGCCGCGGAACCUUUGACUCUGUGUCCCAUUGGAUCAGAGAGGUGGAGCUGUACGGCGCGGCCAAUAUAGUGCUCUGUCUCAUUGGUGAGUGGGAGCUGAAAUAUCUGCUGACUCCGUGUGGCAUGGGCCAUUGUUUUGAAUUGAAAUGUUUGUUCUACCAUUUGUAUUUCUAUGAUUGAGAUGUAAAGAUUUGAAAUAAAAAAGUUUCUGGGCCUCUCUCAGAAAAGAGGUCCAAACCUUUAAAAUACUUUAACACCUGACCCCUUCCUGUUCAAUUAAAGGUCAAAUCAAUGUGUUUCUGACAAAUCAGUUCUAAAAACAAAACUUUAAACACCUAUUUCUCUCCCUCCCAGGCAACAAGUCACAGGAAGGGGUCAGGGGUUAAAGUCUUUUAAACACCUAUGUCUCUCCCUCCCAGGCAACUAGUCACAGGAAGGGGUCAGGGGUUAAACAUUGAAGCUGGCUCUUUGUCUUUUAUAUUGUCUGUGAACUGUCAAAUAGAUGCUGAAGACACAUUUCCAACAAUGUCCUUCCUCUCCCUCCCAGGUAACAAGUCUGACCUGGAGUCUGAGCGUCGGGUGUUGUUCCAGGAGGCGUGCUGUAUGGCUGAGGAGAGAGGCAUCCUGGCAGCGUUAGAGACGUCAGCUAAGGAGGCUCAGAAUGUGGACGAUGCCUUCAUGAUGAUGGCCCGCGAGUUGCUGGCACGCAACGGCAUGGCCGUCCAGCAACAGGCGCCUAGCAACAAUGACUCGCCUCGCGUCCUGCUCCGAGCCAACUCAAGACCAAUCAACGGGCCGGCGGUGAUCGCAGACAAGAAGACGUGUUGCUAACAUACAGAGGAGGAAGGACAACAGAGGGAGUUUAAGAAUGGAUACCUGGGGGGACAUGAGUGCGUGCCACUGUUCUACCUGGAAGUGGACAGAAUAGGGUGGGGAUCAUCAACUACAUUCAGCCGCCAGACCAUUUUUUCUGGAACAGAUGGUCGGGGGGCCGGAACAUAA